GUGCUAUCACGACAACAAAUUCACAGCCACGAGCGAGAGUGACACGCCGGGGAAGAAGAGAGAGGUGCAGCCAUGUUGUUGAGAAAGUCUCUCUCCUUGCUGACGCUACGGCGCGGAAAGGACGUCGAAGCCAUCGAACUGUCUGAGACAGAGGCGUCGCGACAGAAGACGCGUCACGUCGGAUUUAUGGUGGUGUACGUCGGUAAAGUACCGCUUGGAGACGGCGUUACGCCGGGGCCUGGAUGCACCGAGGCCGCCGUGGCCCAGUUAGUCGGACCGGCAGCAGCAAACGGCAACGUGGAGGUUCCAGGCCGCUUGGACAUACUUCCACACGGGAUUAGACUGUCGAAGACUCCAGAGGAGAGUGACGACGACAUUGGCGUUCAACAACAGCAACAAAACCAGGACACGCUGACGACGUUUGACUUGCAGAGAAUCGCCUUCUGUUCGGCAGACCACAAGGCGAGGAACAAUGUGUUCUCCUGGGUGUACCGAGAGGUUGGGGAGGUCGGGCGGCCCGUGCUGGAAUGCCACGCGGUGUUGUGUGAGAGUCAGCGCCACGCCAAGUUCUUCGCGCUCCGGCUCGGCCACUUCUUCAACUCCGCCUGGAACCAGAUGGCGCGCGCCGAGCAGUCGCUGCGACUCCUUCAGGAGGGAAGGAAGAUUCGAAGAAGCAGCACCCAACACGAAUGUCUUGGCACCUCCUCCACGACGACAACAACAUAUCCUAAAGCCCCUCACGAUCACCGAGACCUGGACUCUUCGCAAACCAACGGAGUCGCAGGCAAACCAACACAGAACGGUGCGGUGGUACCAACAACAGGGGCACACAUUUCGGCAGAGUCCGGCCAGGACAUGUUGAAGAACGCUGACAUCCAACAUACAUCUCAAAAUGGCGUUGCCGAGAUCUUCAUAUAAUCUCAAAUGACUACUGAAUUUGUUGCGGAUAUCUUGCCAAUAUUGAACAAUAAUACUUUACCGAACACGCACAUUUGCUGAGGAUGGAGACCCGAAAUGCAGUAGAAAUUUUACAAAUGAUAAGGUUACCCGUGCUGGUGUUGUUGUUGUUUUUGUUCUUUGAGAAUGUGUAAUUAUGUUCUUAUCUUCGUCAUAAGUUUAGCUCCACAACAGAGUAGUGAAUAGAAGCGGCUAUCUUUUAAGUCAUCGUGGUUUAGAGACUGUACGUUCGCAUGGUAGUUUACCUGUCUCUGUUAGACUAUCUGAGUUGCUGCAA